UUUGAACAUUUCAUUAUAUUGCUGGUACUACAAAUCGAUAUGCCGAGCGGAACAGUGUCGAAUUUAUGGCGACUUUAUUUGUUUAUUAUACUUUUUAAUCUUUGUAAAGUGGAAAAAAUCAAGUACAUAAGCUUGGAGCGACCAGUGGUUUUGAAUUAUAACAAGAAGUACGUAACCUUUUUUAAUGCUUCAGCCCGUCGCUAUAGCCGCGGCGACCCUAAGUAUUACAUCAGUGGACAUGGAGAGUCUCGGGUACCUUUGGAUAAUAGAAUUUUGCUGGACAUCCACUUCUACAAGUCUUCAGGCAACACAUACAAGCGCACAUUCUUCGAGCUGCACUACAAGCUGUGCGACUUGAUCAACAAGGACACCUUCCUCGGCAGCUCCAUAAAGAGAGGAAGCUUUAAGGGAACUUGUCCUUUUCCCUCUGGUUCAUACCACGUGGAGAAUAUCACAAUCCCUAUAGAGAGUGUGCCAGCCUCCCUACCGCUUAAGAAGGGCAGGAUCUGCGUGAAUGUGUCGUAUGUGACCGGAGACAACAUGGGCAGUGGCUACAUUGAUUUAGAAAUCAAAGAAAAGCAAGUACAAGGAAUAAAGUGA